AUGGCCUACUGUCUUCAUAGAUCACUCUUCUUGAGAAGGUCUGGUAGAAAUUUGCUGUCCACAAGACUCUUUCAUACCUCAAAAAUAAAAUGUACUCCAAAGCACUAUUCUCAUGCCAAAGAAGAUGUCAUUGCAUACAGCAAGUUCAGGAAAGAGCUGAGUGAAAGUCGUUUUCAAUUCCAGAAGGAACUCAGAGCCCAUCAAGAGAUGAGCAUGGAGGAGUUUAACGCACAGGCAGCAGAAGAAGGCAGACUUGAGAGAGAAGCGGAGGAAAAAGUGUUAGAAACAAAUCGAGUUGAGCUUGAAAGAAUGGCCUGUAAAAGGGAGGAAAUGAUUGAAAGACGGAAGAACAGACGUGAAGAGAAGUUCAUUAGAGGAACUGGGGCUCGAGGCGCUUGGGAAGAAAAGCGAACAGAGCGAAAGGAAGAAGAAGUUGCUCAAGUUCAGAACGCAUGCUCUUCUUUCAUCACUAUGGAGAACUUGGAAGAGAAGAUUCAAGAAAUAGUGGACAAUGAAAUAGAGUACAACUUUGCUCUCUCCACAACCGGCAAAAUAAUCAUUUCGUGAACCUAGAUUCAUUUGUCGUUCUAUUGUUAUGUACUAGUGCAUUGAGUACCAGUAUAACCCUCACUAGAAAAUCAUCAGUUUAUUAUUGCAGGAUUAUUGCAAGAAUUUGUUUAACGAUGAA